AUGGAAGUCCUUCCCGCUCAGAUGGACACCACAAACCGCCCCGAUGAGUGGAAGAUAGAACAAGGUCUCGCCGGUCACAAAUUGCCCAUUCUUGAUCAAAGUGGCAGUGAUACUAUUCACAUUUAUCCCCCUCCAGAUGGGCAUACUAUGAAGGACGAAGAAGCGAUCGCCGCUGUUGGCAAGCGCGAUGACAUUUUCAAGAGAGAAAAGGAAGGCUGGAAAGGAUACGUUGAAUGGGAGAGAUUCCCGGACAAGAAGGCCAAGGCGCGUAAGAUUCUGACUUCGCAGACGUUUGCCCCAUGUCCAGACUUCAUGUUUGGACCGAUUCCCGGCACCAACCCCGUACUUCCUGGGGACGACUUCAAGGAAUGGCAUUGGGCAAUUGGCGGCGAACUCACCAGUGUACCGGAGGACUCCUGGCGGACUGUCCUGCGUGAGAAGCAUCCGGACAUGCUUCACCUGCUGCAAUUUCCCUACAAUGGUGAACCUCCGAAACGGCUGGUUACCUCGAAGGUUGUGACUCCGAAUCCUCUUCACUUUGUGCGGAACCAUGGUGGGAUUCCAAUAAUUGAACAUGAUAAGUGGAGUCUCUCGUUAGAUGGCUUGGUCAAUCAUCCCAAGUCUUACAGCCUGGAUGACCUGCAGGAUGGGACAAAGUUUCCGCAGAUGGAGAAAACCGUCACCAUUCAAUGUUCGGGAACGCGCCGCAUUGAACAGAUCAGCCGCUACGGUGGGCAAGGGGAUGAGGUUCCCCAGGCACCGUGGGCUGAGGGGGCCAUUGGAACAGCACGAUACCGGGGGAUCAGUUUAAAGAAGGUUAUCAAAGAUUGUGGCGGCCUUCUUGCCCCGGCCAAGCACCUGGAGAUGUAUGGCGCGGAAACAUAUGUCAAGGAUUUGGAAGUGAUGAACUACGUGGUCAGUGUCCCGUGGUCCAAGGUCAAGGCAAAUGAGGUUAUCUUAGCCUGGGAGAUGAACGGCGAGCCGUUGCCCAAAAUCCAUGGGUAUCCUCUUCGCGUCGUUGUACUGGGAUAUAUUGGCGCACGCAGUGUGAAAUGGCUAUAUCGGAUAAAGGCUAUUGAAGGUCCCUCUCUUGCCCCGGUCCAAAGCAAGGAGUAUCUUUACUUUAACCAGCAGGUGGGCAAAUAUAACCUGCGACCGACCGAUGGGAUCCAGAUUCAAGAGAUGCCCGUUAGCUCGGCCAUUAUGUCCCCGUGGGCCAAACAGGCUAUCAUUCACACCGGAAAGAUUCGAUGCAAAGGAUGGGCCUACUCCGGCGGUGGCCGAUGGCCGGAGCGUGUGGAGCUGUCCGCGGAUGGCGGAUUCACCUGGUAUCAAGUGCCCCCGGAGAAGCUAUCCAAGAAGGGUCGUUGGGUCUGGCGUACCUGGGAGAUAGACCUGCCCUGCGACGUGGAGGGCUGGAUCGAGAUCGUCUGCCGUUGCUGGGACAACGCAAUUAAUACACAGCCAUUGGAUGUACGCGCCGCCUGGAACUGGGGUCUUCACGUUACUCAAUCGGCGCAUCGGAUCAGCGUCUAUAGCAUCAACAAGAGUCGUCCUAUUACGCGUGAUCGCCUGGACAAGAUGGAGCAGCUUGGUAUCCCUCUUGCCCCCCUCACCCGCUACGAGAUUGUUCCGAGUCAAACGAUGGAGGAGUACAAACAGUACUGGAAGGAACAUGAGCCCCGCGAUGUUGAUGACUGA